AUGACUGAAGUCUUACCAUAUCAACCAAAUGAUGUAGCUGUUAAAACUCGGCCUAGGUAUUUCAGAUUUUUACAUAAAGUUGGUACUAUAGAUGAUGCAGAAGAUGCUCAUAUUUCAAAAACUUUUCCGUAUAAUUUAGUAAUGAAAGUUGUAAGUUCAGAACCAAGAGAUGUUUUACAAUCCGAAAGAACAUGUUUAACAUUUAUAAGAUUUUCAACUGCAUUAUUUUUCACUGCAUUAGGAAUUAUAUUAAAUUUUAAAUUUGAUACUUCUGGUGAACCAGAUCAUGAUAAACAUAGACGUUUUAGUCAUAAAAAAUAUUCAAUUGCAAUUUCAUAUAUCUUGUUGAUUUUAAGUUUUUUGGUUUUAUUAGUAAGUGGUGUUAAUUAUUUUAUUACUAUAAAUAGAUAUGCUAGACAUAAGAUUGAUACUUAUAAUUUUAAUAAUUUUACAACUGCAAUUUGUAUUACUGGGAUUAUAUUAACAUUGGUUGCAAUUAAUAUCACAAUGAUUAUCGAAGGAUAUUUGGAAACAAGUUAA